UCUUUCUCACACUACCACUACCACUUCCAAAUUCUUCUGAAUGUCCUCCUAAUUUUACUUCUUCCUCCAACCUUCCACGCCUACUAACUACUACUUAUCUGUCUUCAUUGGAGCCAUGAUUUUCCAUACAAGUUAACAUACCUAAAUAGUUGUCGAUAAAAGCCAGUGUUUUGAUUUGGGAAAAAAGGAUACAUAUCAUCAGGAAUAGGAUGAAAGAAGUUGGCAGAAAACAAGGCGCCCCCUCCCCGUGCGCUGCCUGUAGACUCUUGCGCCGGAGAUGCACAGAGGACUGCAUGUUUUCUCCCUACUUCCCGGCGGAUGAGCCCCACAAGUUCGCCAGUGUGCACAGGGUGUUUGGGGCUAGCAAUGUUAACAAGAUGUUACAGGAGUUGCCAGAGUAUCAGAGAGGAGAUGCAGUACGCAGCAUGGUUUACGAAGCAAAUGCUAGGAUGCGUGACCCGGUUUACGGGUGUGUCGGUACUAUUUCAUAUCUGCAACAACAGAUUGAUGCGCUGAGGGCCCAAUUGGCACUAGCCCAGGCUGAGGUUGUACACCUGAGGGCAGCAGCAUCCACCCCCCAAAACACUAGUCCCAGUGGCAGUGGCUCGCCCACGUCAUACACCUUUAAACCAUCUUUUGACAUGGAUACGGUAGUACAACAAUCCAGCUUCAGAGAAUCUCUGUGGUCGUGUACUUAGAUAUAUACAAUCUCUAGUUAUACCUCCUCCUUUCUUUCCACUACAAACUGCAAAUAAUAAUAUAUAUGUAGUGUUCACGCGUUUUAGCAUGAAUGCAAAUUUACAACCUCGCAUGCUUGCUUAUAAAGUAUUUUGUGAGGUUGAACGAUUAGGUUUCAUUGUUGCCACCGUUACUUUUUCCUGACAAUUUCUUUCUUUAAAUUAAUCCACUGUUUUGCUUCUAGUAAUCCCCAAGCAAAGUAGGACCAGCUAUAUGGGGCUUUUCUCAGAGGUUCAUGCAACCGACGACGAAACUGAGGGGGUUCAAGAAUCCUUAGAGAUUUGGUUUUUACACCCAGUGAUGAUUUCAAAAUCAGGGUUUUGCACAGUAUCCAUCAAAUUAGAGAGAAUCACGGAUAUAUGCAUACAGAGACAAAAAAUAGAGUACAGGUACAGAAACAAAUACGCAAUUGGCAAUCUAUUAUUGGCGUCGAAGAGAUGAUUAAUAAGCUCUAACCUCAAAGAAUCAAACCGACAAAAGCAAGUAAACAGCAAAAGCAGAGAACACUAAACUCAGAUCCUAAAUACUGGAUAAAUUUCCAAUCUCACGCAAGCAGGCUAACCUUGUCCCGUUGUGUGAGAACUGCCUGAAAAAUGAAAACUAAACCUGAAUAGUCUUCCUCAUGCGUUGGACAAGGGGGUGCUCUUGUUUUGUCGGCUAACUUGCUCUCUCGUAAAUUUGGCACUCAGACUUUGUGAUUUUGAAACCAUGCUGACCAUUGAUGGAGUAUCAUAGGCAACAGGCCCACUAUAGCUUGAGCUUCCACCCUCCCUCCUGAUGGUUGUCACAUUACCAGAGUAGCCCCUAGUUGUUGCCCUCUGCCAAGAAUGUGAGCUCAACCCUGAUAGCACAUAGGCUCGCCCUGUAUGCUCGUACAUCGCCAUGUUUUCCAUUCUCUCUCUAAUUUCCAUCAGCUCGGCUUCAAGCCAACUGCAGAGACCAUCACCAGCUUGGGCUGAUGCAGAAGUAAGGAGAGUUGUUCUCCUUUGUGCCAGCAAAGCUUGUGCACCCUCCAGAUUCCCCAAUUCAGCCAUCUCUUGUGCCUUGGCAAUACCUUCAGCCACCCAAAGACGAUUCCUUUGACGAUCAACCUCAAGGCUGACUACCCCAUCUGUUCGUGACACAACUUUAGGACGGCGGAUCUCGACCCGCUCACCUUCCAACUGUACCAUAGCUUUUGAUGCAGUAUCCCUAUAAGAACAUGAAAUCUUCAGAAGUGAUGUUCUUCCCACUGUCCCUACGCUCUCAGCAAUUGCACAUUCAGGAAUUGACAGGUGGACAAGGAAUUCUUUCUCCUCAUCAGCAUACAAGUCUCCAACAUUUAUCACAGCUUGGAAUCCUUGGUCGGAAAUUUCACUUGCAUAUCUCCCGGAUGGAAUGGAAUCAAUUUCCACCCCAGGCGAUGCUGAUGUCAUGGUGAGACGAAGCUCCUGAGCCACCACACUGAGGAGGCCUCCAAUACACCUAGCAAAAGCAUCUUGCACCAUAUCAACUGAUUCAAUAAAAGAAAAGGUGCCUCCUGAUGCGUCGGAUAUAGCAUGCAUGGUAGAAGAAUCGUGGUCCACACCAAGUCCAAAUGCAUGGACUGGGAAAGAACGCUGGUUGUUCUCAUUCUGUAAUUGUUCGUAAACCCCAGAAUACGUGGGAGAUCUGAGGAAGUCCGGUUCUGGUGACUACGACGGGCAGGGAUAAAGUCAAAUGUAUGUUUUCCAUCAGAUAGUAGAAUGAUGCUUGCUACUGGAUUUCUUUCACGCCUUUCUUCAAGAAUGCGUGCCCCUUUUUUUAAUCCCUCUACAAUGUCAGUU